AUGUCUAAACUCACUCUUAUCGUCGCAGCGACGAGAACGAAUGGGAUUGGUGAACAUGGCAAAUUACCCUGGCACCUUCCAAAAGAAAUGAGCUAUUUCCAACGCGUUACCUGUAAUGCUCCUUCAGGCCAGAAGAACGCAGUUGUCAUGGGUAGACAUACUUGGGAGAGUAUACCAGAAAAGUUCAGGCCCCUUAAAGACAGGGUGAAUGUGGUUAUCAGUCGGAAGGAGAACUAUCAUUUCGGCGAAUCAGUCCAAGUUCAUCGCGACCUCGCAUCAGCCAUGGAGCAACUUCGUAGUCAAUCAGAUCCUGCUGUUCAUCGAACAUUUCUCAUUGGUGGAGCGAUGCUGUAUUCUGCAUGUUUGCAGUUGCCCAAAACUUCGCCCAUCGCUUUCGUGGACCGAGUCCUGCUCACUCGAGUGAUAGCGCCUUCAUUUGACCGUUGCAAUGUAUUCGUACCGGAUUUCCUCGGCGAAUGGAUAGGAGCGCCGGACUUUAACGGCUGGAAGCAGGCUACGCCAGAGGCAAUGAGCGAGUGGGUGGGAUUCGAAGUUCCCGAAGGUGUUCAAGAAGAGAAUGGAGUGCAAUAUGAAUACCAGCUUUGGGUUCGCGAUUCUACGUGA